UCCACCUUGACAACCACUCCUCCUUUCGCCCUUCCGGCGUUCGUCGCUCGUUUUGCUGCUCUAUCUACAAGAUAUACGCUAUCAUGAUUAACUUUCACCUUCUCACCUCUCUUUUAGCCAUCGUUGCUACUGCAGAAGCAACGAAUCCUCAUCACCACCGACACUUCAAACGACAGGGAACAUCCAGCGCAUCUGCGUCUUCGUCCAGUGCCACUUCAGCAUCACAGACUAGGGGCUCUGCUUCAGCAUCGCAGACCACGGGCUCUGCUUCAGCGGCAGUCACCGACCCCCUCUCUACAUUGACUGCCAUUGUCUCUGGCGUUCCCGUUCUGGGUUCCAUCACUUCUGGCAUGCCAACUGGAACGCCAUUUUCGGCUUCUACGACAUACCAGGCCGGUACAAAGCCAACUUACUCUGGUGCGCCCGCACUUCCUUCGCCAUUCGUCCUCAAGGCAGGCACCUUCCCGGCUCUGGACAAGGUUCCGCCAACUGACUCUGCCGAGGUCAAGGAAUGGUUGAAGGAGCUUGACGGCUGGACUAUUCCCAAUAUUCCCAAGAACGUUGACAACCUUUGUAGCAGCAACCCUCAAGCUGCUCAGGAUGCUGCAAAAAACGGCUGGUGGACUUGCGGUGCUCAUACCAGGUCUACCGAUAUAGUUCAAUGCCCUGAGAAAGGAACAUGGGGUGUCAGUUUCGACGAUGGUCCCAGUGAUUAUACACCGAAACUCCUCAACUAUCUCACCACCAAUAACAUCCAGUCGACCUUCUUCGUUGUUGGAUCACGAGUUAUCUCUCGUCCAGAUAUUCUUCGAGAGGAGUAUAUGUCUGGACAUGAGAUCAGUAUACACACUUGGUCGCACCCGGCACUCACCACGCUGAGCAACGAGCAAAUAGUUGCUGAGCUUGGCUGGACCAGGAAGGCAAUUAAAGAUGUGCUCGGUGUCACUCCCACCACCAUGCGUCCACCCUAUGGUGACAUAGAUGAUCGUGUCCGAGCCAUUUGUUUGGCUAUGGGUAUGAUCCCUAUGAUGUGGACUUCCGCGCCCGAUGGGACCUCAUUUGACACCUUCGACUGGCGUGUACCUGGCGGCCUGGUCAAUGGUGUUCAGUCAUACAAGCAAUUCACGGGCAUCCUCGACAAAGCGUCUGCUUUAGGAAAUGGAUUCAUUGUGUUACAACACGACUUGUAUGAGAUCAGCGUUGAUCUCGCCAUAGGUUAUACAUUAAACGCUGCAAUGAAACACAACCCGCCUUUCAAGCUCCAAGCUAUUGGUCAAUGCUCCAAAAUACCCACCUCCAAUUUAUACCUCGAGAGCAACACCAACGCAACGUUCCCCUUCCAGAAUUCCACCUCUGGAAAGAGCGACACCAAUGGCAAAACAUCAGGUUCCAACGGUUCCAAUGGUGCCAUUGCUUCAUCUUUACCCUCGUCUGUCUUUGCCACGUACGUUCUGGGAAUUAUUGCUGUCGUUGCAGCAACGCUGUAAAGUUAUUUGUCGACGGUUUAUUGACGCGGUCAACCAUUACACUACGGGAUGGAGAUGAGGACUUUGCUAGAUCUAAUGAGAUAUCUAUAUUUCUCUUGCUAUUAUGCCCCUUACUCGUCGGUGCCUUUGAGAAUUGUGAUGGCUAUGAAUUAUUUUGGUCUUCUGACUGCAC